UUGUUACCUGUAGAGGGAUAAAUGUCGCACUGCAUUUAACAAGCUGGUUGAAAACCCUCAAGACGAAGCGUUGGCUUAUAGUAUUGACCGGUUAAACUUUGAGUUUCAUGUGUUAACCAAAUUAGCAUUGCGUUCUACAACUUCGAUGAGAGGAUAAUGCAUACUGGUUAAGAUGCUGCACCAUUUCAUUGCACUGUUUGCUGUGGCCAUACUUUCUUCAUGUGAAGGGAUUUCCAGUCCUCAUCCUGCAAUCGAGUGCACAAACCACACAGUUUUAAACGAGGCAAGCAGAUCUAGGUUUUUUACCAACUACAUCGAUAAGGUCAGCGAUACCUCAUUAACGGGCUGGUUUACAUACAAUGGCUCAGCCGGUACGCGCAUGGCAACAACUUGCGUUCCCGCUGAACACUGCGGUACGUCAGUUCCCGGAUGGCUGGCAGGUAACCAUCCAAGUGUAGACGAAGGUUUAGUAGUACGAUCAGUAUGUCUCUCCAUGUCACAAGUUUGUUGUAUGACAUCUGUGAGUGUACUUGUGAGGAACUGCAGCGGCUUCUUUGUCUACAAACUGGACGUGAAUGCAGGUUUAAGCUUUACUUUUCGAGUGUGUGGAGCUGGUAUUGAAGGAUCAUUGCCACCUAAGCAGGUAGCGAUCAAGAAUAAGUUAGUAGGCGAUGAAUGCACUGACUACAACACACUCAACGCACGUGAUAGAGCCGCAGACUAUUUCAGUUACAACACUUUGAAGUGUGACGCCUACCUACCCAGUGGCUGGUACAGGCUGGCUGGCCGUGCAGGGAUUGUUAUGCCGACACAUUGCGUGCCCAGAAUGCAUUGUGGUACUCUGUCACCUGGCUGGUUGAAUGGCAAACAUCCAACCGUGGAGGAGGGUGUGGUGCAGCGUAUGGUUUGUUUUACAAAGGAUACCAAUUGUUGUCACUGGUAUAGUUUGGUGUUAGUGAAAAACUGUAGUGGUUUUAUGGUGUACAAAUUUGGACGCUUUCCUACAGGUGUAGACUCCUGCAGCCUGCGAUACUGUGGAGCUGGAGAAGCUGGUAAGUGA